AUGAUUCCUUAAUUUCCAUAAUUUUUGCUGUUAAACACAAACUUAUUUUCUAAAAAUUACCUCAUUAUUUUCAAAUAUUUUUAGGUACUAGUUAUUUUCAAAAUAUGUGUGCUGAUUAUAAUUUAUUUGCCUCUGAUAGUUGUUUUUCAAAUAUCUAUGAUUGUGUUGAAGGUUGUAGUAGUUGUAUUAAAGGUGAAUGUUGGGUUUGCUAAGAUGGUUGAGAAUAUAAAAAUAGUUUAAGAAUAUUUAUUCCAAUUUAUGGAGAUUCAAGAAUAACCAGUUAUGAAUAAUGUGACGAUGGAAAUUAAAUGCCUAAUGAUGGAUGUCAUUUAUGUAUAUAUUCUUGUAUAAAAAAUUUCUUUUUAUGUUAAUUUGGAAUUUGUUAUUUAUGCAAUAUUACAUCUAGAUUAUCAGUUGAUUAAUAAAUUUUUAUAAGAAUUGAUGAUGACUAAGAUGUUAAAAACCUUAUUUAAACUUAAGUUUUUUGAAAUGAUUUACGAUUAUGCUCAAAAGAGUGCAAAAUUUGGUAAGAAUGUUCAGAUUUAUAAUAGAAUAAUUGCUAUCAUAUUUGUCAGCAAAUAAUAGAAUAAUCAUCAGAAACAGUGGAAGAAAGUAAAGAAGAAGAGGAAGAAGAAAGAAAAAGAGUAUGAGAAUCUUACUAUUGAGUGCAUGUCUUAUUGUUUACAUUGUGAAGAUUAGCAUUCUUGUUUACAAUGUGAAUGAAUUUUUAAAUUAAAAAAUAAAUAAUACUUGCCAAUUUGUGGUGAUGAUGUUAUUAUUUAAGGAUAUGAGGAUUGUGAAGAUGGAAAUAAUGAUCCAUACGAUAAUAUUAAUGUUAAUUUCAAUGUUCAUUUGGAUGCAUAAAUUGUGA